AUGUCAGCUACAAGCGCCAAAGGAUCCAUUCAAAAGCCCACUCGUUCCGGGCCCAUCCUGAGGCUCGAUAUUGCUGCCGCUUUGGGGCUGGGGAAAGUAGGCAAGCCGAUCUUGGUCAGGGAAUAUCAAAGUCCAACAUUGACACUAGAAUCGGCGAAAAGGGAAGUAUCCAAACACCCUCUACCCGAAUACCUACCUGACAUCGUGGAACAGCAAAAUCAUUCACGAGAAAGACUUCAACGAUCCGGUGACGCGGGGACUCACGACUGUCUUCAUUGGGCUUUACAACAUACCUACGACAAGCAGCCAAGAAACUCAUGGGAUAGUUGCAGCUGUGUAGGCGGCACUCGCGAAAUUGACUCGGAUUAUUUUGAGCCCAUGACGGAAGACGAAUUUGUUCAGAGACGUGUCAGACUCCACGAGACAUACGAAGACCUAGAAGCCUCGACACAAAAUCCAGUGAGCACUCAACUUCGUGCUGGAAGUGCAAAUGAUGAAGUCAGAGAGACUAUAGAUAUGGACCUCUCUGCUUUUCCUCUUGUACAAAAUCGCCUCCAAGAAGUGAAUAUCACAAUCGGAAAUCAGAAUAACGAACAGUCAAUUGAAGAUGCAGUUGGGCCAGUGGAACUCUUGGAAGAUUUACAAAAUGAUCUAGAAGUUGCCGCAUCUGUUGUAAUGCAUGGCCAAGGGAAUCAAACAGAUGGUGGGACUAACAGUACAGUUGAAGAGCCAGAGGUUGGUCGUCGCACUAGAUUCCACGAACACUUGGACUCGCUCGAUGCACCAGUAUUCCGUUUGAGUUUGGCCGGCCUUACUCCUCCUCAGCAGUCGACUCCAAUGCUGGAAUCCAACUGUGUAAUGGGGACAACUUCUUCUGGCAACGAUUCCGAGCAAGCUUCCUCUAUUUUGCGGCACAAGGGAAUAUUCAUUCCGACUUGGCUAUGGUGUGUCUUAUGGAUCACUCUCAUCGGCUUUCUGAUAGGUUUCUCCAUCAUGAUGAGCUUGUUCGUUGCUUUGAGACAUGAGGGCAAGCUUCAUGCCGGAAAGAUUUCUCGUUACAGAACUCUCCAGCCAUGCGUGUGCAAUAUUUCUCCUUCGCCAUUCAAUGGUGCGCAUGGCAUGGAUGAAAGCAUGCUGAACGAUGACAGGCCUGAAUGA